AUUCAGUAAGUUAUUAAGCGUUUAACAAAAUCAUCACAUAUCUGGGUAUGGAGUUAACACAGUUUUGUAUUCUAGCAGGAUUCUUUGGCUUGAGGAUAGCGAGAACAAACUCAGAAAAUCUUCCUCAACCACAGCUAACACUUGAACCUCCUGGUGUUAUCAAAAGUGGACAAUCUGCUGAUCUCCUGUGCACAGCACCCAGCAAUUACAAGGGGGCUAUAUUCUAUUUGUAUUUACACAGAAACCGUGAGCACCUACAGACACUUCAGGCCACAGAGGACACACACAAUGUAACUUUUACCCUCCGAGAGGUCACUGCUUCAGAUUCAAAAGGAUAUGUCUGCCUUUAUCAGAUUAUACUUCUUGAUGCAAUUCAAGCAUCCGAGCUUAGCAAUGUAUUGUACCUGACCAUCAUAGAUUACUUGCCUUCACCAUCCCUCACCCUCAAGACCCAAUAUGUCAUCCACAAUGGACAAUCUGCUGAUCUGCAGUGUACAGCUCCCAGCAGUUACCAAGGUGCUACGUUUCUUCUAUAUAUACAAAGCAGGAAUACGUUACUACAAACUAUAAAGGCUUCACAUACCAGUCACAAAGUGAUUUUCACCCUCCGAGAGCUGACUGCCUCAGAUUCAUUAGACUAUGUCUGUCUGUACCAGAACAGGACUUCAGAAACAACACACACAUCAGAGCCUAGCAACCUAAUCUACAUGAAGGUUUCAGAUGAAAACUAUAACACCACUUCACCUAUUGAACCUGAGGAAUUUCCCAAUGCUCCUUCCUGGAUUAUACCUUUAGUUGCUGGUAUAAUUGGGGGCGCCGUCCUUGUUCUGUCAAUCAUUUUGGCUUCAUGUAUGGUUAUACGAUUUCAACAGAAGAAGAGACAAGAACAGAGGGACAGAGAGUCUGUUUGGGUCCCACAAAAUAUGUCACCAGACUGGUCAAUUACUAAUAAUAUGGCCUAUUCUGUGGAUCAGAAUGAACAUUCUGGCGAUGGAUUACCCUCUCCCUUUAUGGGAAACAGUGAGAUCUCUGAAGAUAUAGUAGAGAAACCUUUUAGUACCUUUCAAACGUGACCAGUCUGCCUCUCGCUGUUUAAUAACGUUGUUAACAAAUGUGUAUUUGCACUCUUUUGGGUGUACAAACGUUGUAAAUAUAUAAUUUUGUGUGUGCGUUUGGAUGGAAUAACAAAGUAAGGAAAAAAUUAAAACAAAAAACAAAAACAAAAAACUAAA